AUGGACGCCGCCUAUCGGUGUGGCCUCGAAGCUCAGCUGGUACAAAGCGAGUACAAAGCAUUAAAUCGUGCAGCUCAACAUGAGAUAGAGGCUGAUUUGAAAAACAAGUUCACGGCACAACAACUGGAUGAAACUGCAUUGGAUAUGAAGAACACCUCUGCUGGUGUGCACUAUUAUGAAGGCGCGGAAAAUAUCGAACAGUGGUAG